AUGCUCAGCACUUCUGCCGAUGGCAACUAUUUUGAUGAGGCCCUCAGCGCUGAAAGGCUCACUGCGCCCCUCAUCGCUGCUUCAUCGAGUUGGUGUUAUGGUGACAUACCGAUGUAUCCGAAUGGUGCUAGUGUGUCUUCCUUCCACUCAGCGCCCAGCUUGCAGCCAGAAUCCAGCGUCUACCGACCAGCUACCUACCAGCCAGUAUCUAGUAGCCAGUCCGCAUCUAGCUACCAGCCAGAGCCUUGGUACCAGUCAACCCCAAACUUUCAGUCAGGGCCCAGCUACCAGCCAGCAUCCUGUUUGCAUCCAGCACUCAGCAUCCACCCAGCUUCCAGCGUCUACCCAACACCCCCCUACCAGCCGGUGUCUAGUAGGCAGGCCGCAUAUAACUACCAGGCGGAGCCAUGGUACCAGCCAAAAACGAGCCUUCAGACAGGGCUUAGCUUGCAGACAGGGCCUAGCUUUCCGACAGCGUCGGGUUUCCAGCCAGGGCCUAGCUUUCACCAGCCGGCAAUGCAAGUAGCAAACCCAGCUUCCGUCCAGCACACAACAAGCCGUUAUGCGAACUUGGGACCCCUCCAGCAUCCUCUUAAUGUUUUGCACACCCAGGAAGCCCAAUACAAUAGCAGUAUGUCUGCACCGACCGUGGGAAACGCAGGCUUUGACUUCGGCUUGCCCUUGACUGGCAAUGGCAAUGCGAGAAGAGCCAGAACAAGGUAUGCCACUCGAGAUCGAGAAAUUUGUGGUGCUUCCGAGACUGAUUUUGGCAACAAAUCAGACAGCAGCCUGACGUCCGAUGCCAUUGGAAGGAUUGCAAAUAUAAGGCACCUUUCUACGGGAAGCCGGGAUUAA